GCCUUCUCAAACCAGAGCCGGGACACUUGCCCUCCUCCGCACCUCGCAGGAGAUCAGUCACCUGCAAAUUCGUCUUUGAGGGAUGAACAAUCAAUACGUGCGCCGGGAAGUCUUCUGCUGUGAAACCUGCAGAGAGCUCAAGAGCUUCUGGGAAAAGGAAAUUAGCAAACAGACUUGCUACCGAGAACUGGAGGAGCAUCGCCAGGGACGGAGCGCCCUGAGAAAGCUCCGGGAAGAAUGGAAGCAGAGGCUGGAGCAGAGGCUGAGGAUGCUGGACCGUCCUGACGAGAAGGAAAAGCAGGCUGGCCCUGUGCACUGA